UUGAUCCAACCUUCUCUCUUGGUUUAUAUUCUGAUAUUAAGAUGUUGACGGUACUGUUAGUAAUUAUGACGGUUUGGCUCCAAGGAUGGGUGGCUCUUGGUUGCUUGGAGGAAGAGAGGAUCGCUCUGUUGCACCUCAAAGAUUCUCUUAACUAUCCCAACGGCACCUCCCUUCCCUCCUGGAUGAAAGCUGACGCCCACUGUUGUGAUUGGGAACGUAUUACCUGCAACAGCAGUACAGGUCGAGUCACCUUACUCGGUCUUGGGGGCGCAAGGAAUGAGGAGCUGGGAGAUUGGUACCUAAAUGCCUCCUUGUUUCUUCCUUUUCAACAACUCAACGGUCUCUCCUUGUACGGUAAUCGUAUAGCUGGUUGGGUUGAGAACACAGGUGGUUAUGAGUUAUCAAGAUUGAGCAAUUUGGAAAUCCUUAGCUUGGAAUCUAAUCGCUUCGAUAAUAGUAUUUUAUCAUUUGUGAAGGAGUUUUCAUCUCUUAAAGCAUUAUAUUUAGGUGAUAAUAGACUGGAGGGAAUAAUAGAUUUGAAAGAAUCUCUUAGCAGCUUGGAGGAAUUGAGUUUAGGCGGCAACAAUAUUAACAAAUUGAUAGUCUCAAGAGGUCCAAGCAACUUGAGAACUCUAUGGUUACAAAAUAUCACAACCUAUGAAAGUAGCUUCCAGUUACUGCAAUCAUUACGAGCAUUCCCAAACCUCACGACACUUCACCUGGAAGACAAUGAUUUUAGAGGAAGAAUAUUAGAUGAUAAGUUGCAAAAUUUAAACUCAUUGGAAAAUUUAUAUCUAGACCAGUGUUCUCUAGAUGAAUACUCUCUUCAAAGCCUUGGAGCACUGCCUUCUCUAAAAAAUCUAUCAUUGUAUACUCUCAGCAGCACUGUACCUUAUAGAGGCUCUCUUCAUCUCAGGAACUUGAAAUACUUGGAUUUGAGCUACAAUACUCUCAACAAUAACAUUUUUCAAACCAUCGGUCUAUGUGACUUAAAUCAUCUCCAAGUGCUAUAUAUAAACGACAAUGAUCUCAGUGGUUUCAUGCCUCCGUGUCUGGCAAAUUUGACUUCCCUUCAACUAUUAGAUCUCUCUUAUAAUCACUUGAAGAUCCCAAUGUCAUUGAGCCCAUUAUACAACCUUUCAAAACUCAAGUAUUUUUAUGGAUCAGGUAAUGAAAUAUACGCAGAAGAAGAUGAUCAUAUUCUGAACCCAAAGUUCCAGUUAGAGUCCCUCUCUUUGAAUAGUCAUGGACAAGGUGCGAGAGCAUUUCCCAAGUUCCUUUACCACCAAGUGAACCUGCAAUCUUUGGAUCUUACAAAUAUCCAAAUAAAGGGAGAGUUUCCAAAUUGGUUGAUUGAGAACAACACAUACCUACAAGAACUUCAUUUAGAAAACUGUUUUCUUUCGGGUGCAUUCUUGUUGCCAAAGAAUUCUCAUGUGAAUUUGUCAUUCCUAAGUAUAUCCAUGAAUCACUUCCAAGGCCAAAUCCCUUCAGAAAUCGAAGCUCGUUUGCCAGGGUUAGAAGUUUUAUUUAUGUCUGACAAUGGUUUCAAUGGAAGCAUUCCUUUCUCGUUGGGUAACAUUAGCUCGUUGCAAGCGUUCGAUCUGUCAAACAACAGUUUACAAGGGCAGAUCCCUGGAUGGAUAGGGAAUAUGCCUUCUCUUGAAUUCUUGGACUUAUCAGGGAACAAUUUCUCUGGUCGUUUACCAUCUAGAUUCGGCACUUCUUCAAAUUUGAGAUAUGUUUAUUUGUCUAGAAAUAAGUUGCAAGGGCCGAUCGCAAUGGCAUUUUAUGACUCCUUUGAGAUAUUCGCAUUAGAUCUUUCCCAUAAUGAUUUAACUGGUAGAAUUCCAGAAUGGAUUGACAGGCUAUCUAACUUGAGAUUUUUACUCUUGAGUUAUAACAAUCUUGAAGGUGAAAUUCCAAUUCAAUUAUCCAGGUUGGACCACUUAACCUUGAUUGAUCUUUCUCACAAUCACCUUUCUGGUAACAUCCUCUCUUGGAUUAUAUCUACUCAUCCUUUCCCUCAACAAUACAAUUCUUAUGAUUAUGAAUCCUUAUCACACCAAUCUUUUGAGUUUACAACGAAGAAUGUAUCCCUUUCUUAUAGAGGAAGCAUUAUCUGGUACUUAACAGGAAUUGAUUUCUCAUGCAACAAUUUCACAGGAGAGAUUCCUCCUGAAAUUGGAAACCUCAGCAAGAUCAAGGCGUUGAACCUUUCGCACAAUAGUUUGACUGGACCAAUUCCACCAACAUUUUGGAACUUAAAGGAAAUAGAGAGCUUGGAUCUUUCCUACAACAAAUUGGAUGGAGAAAUCCCACCUCGACUUACUGAACUAUUUUCUCUAGAAGUUUUUAGUGUGGCUCACAAUAAUUUGUCUGGUAAGACUCCUGUGAGAGUUGCACAAUUUGCCACGUUUGAGGAGAGCUGCUACAAGGACAACCCUUUUCUUUGUGGAGAACCGCUACCCAAAAUAUGUGGUGCGGCUAUGCCACCAUCACCAACGCCAACUUCAACGAACAAUGAAGAUAAUGGUGGCUUCAUGGAUAUGGAGGUUUUCUAUGUGACCUUUUGGGUUGUAUAUAUCAUGGUGCUGCUGGUGAUAGGUGCAGUUCUAUACAUAAAUCCAUAUUGGCGACGAGCUUGGUUUCACUUUAUUGAGGUGAGCAUCAAUAAUUGCUAUUAUUUUCUAGUGGACAAUCUUCCCAUUUUAUACAAGUUUGGGUUUUCAUAGCCUUGAUGGUACCAAGACUUGGUGCAUCGUUGUGUAUUCUAGUUUUAAGAUUUAAACAAGUUUAAAUGCAUGCUCAUGUUGUAUUAAUUUAUACAAUUCCAUUUGGUUUCGAGGGUUUUUAUACAGUGGGGGCUUUUCAA